AUGACCCAUUUUACUCUACAAAAAUUCUCUCAGUGCCUGCCUCUUCCCUUUUGGCGCACAGUCACACAGACCUCAUUUCCUCUUUGGCGCGACAUUGCGGACACGGAGCAGCAGCAGCAGCAACCACCACCACAACGAGCACUCCACACCACCCAGGCAAGUAGCAAGCAGCCGGUGCUCUGCCGGAUCGCUCGGUGGAUGUGCAUCGUGAGAAAGUUGACUGGAGGCAUUUUCCCACAAGUAUUGGGAUUGUGCCUCACUCCUGCUGCUCCCGGUCUCGGCUCGGCUCGGCUCGGUCAGCUGUGACACUUGUUUGGCGCAUUUGCCGAGACCUGGGCCCAGGGG